AUGCCGCACGAUUUUCCGCGUGGUCGCUCACCUCCCGUGUCCCGUCCCUCCCCCUCGACUCAGGUGCUCUCCGGCUCCAAGAGCCAGUUCGCCGCCGGCCAACUCACUUCUAAGUUUCAGAAGAUGGCCGUCGCCGCGCCCGUGAAGGCCGCCAAGGUCAACACCACCGUCGAGAGCAUCCAGGGCAAGUCCGGCCGCAAGUGCAUGCUCACCGGCAAGAAGGCCAACAACGGCUGGACCGUGUCCUUCUCGCACAUCCGCAACAAGAAGCUCCAGGGUGUCAACCUCCAGUACAAGCGCGUGUACUGGCCCGAGAAGCAGCGCUACGUCCGCCUGCGCAUCUCGACUUCCGCGAUGAAGUCCAUCAACAAGAUCGGUCUGGAGGCCAUGGCCAAGCGCGCGGGCCUCGACCUGGAGUCCCUCGCCUACUCCGACGCCUCCGCGGAGCGCAGGGAGUGGCUCGUGGAGAACGGCGCCGAGCCUCAGCGGAAGAACAAGCGCGCGCCCAAGGGUCCCAAGCCGGUUUACAUCCCCAAGUGGAAGGAAGCGCAGAUGAAGAGGAAGGGCAUGAACGUCGAGGCGGAGACCAAGAGGUUCGCCGAGCGCUGGGGCAUGACCGUCGCGUAAGAAUGGAGAGAAAUACGUGAGAUACGCGCGAGGUGUAGCUUUUAGGUGGGUGACGGCGAGGCGACGAGUGGAGGUCUCGAGAGGGAGGAUUUUGAUCAGCCCGUGUUGAUAAGCCAAUUCUUUAUAACAGCAGAGAUUGCACGCAAA